CGAAAAGCAUACCUGUGUACAGAUGUCUCGACCGGCCUCGAGGAGGCGGCUCGGCAAAUCUCAAUCAUUACAAGGCUAUUAUCAAGAAUUUACUUCCCUCCUGGACCCCGUAGACGGUAUGCUGACUGCCUUGGCAACUUGAACGGUGAGCUUCCGGUUGAUCGUGAUAGCAACAGAGCUAAGAAAUCACUAGUAGAAACUCAUCCUCUAGUUUCUGGCCUCGAAAAGUUGCAAAGUCGAGUUGAUUUGACUUGGAAUCACGAUCUUCAAGUUCUGUUGCUUUCCCAUUCCGGGUACAUCGGUAAUUUUACUAAGGGGAAAAAAAACCAACGAACAACUGACUCUGCUGUGCCUGCCACAAUUUUAGGAGGACAUGGGCCAUCAUUCAUUUCCACCGCUCAAAUGGAGUGAGCGGGACAAUCUUAUGGCAUUAUGGUUAUAUCUAUCAUCUAUCAUGAUGUGCUUGCCGCUGAGAAAGUUCUGAUAUCUUCGCUUGAACUUCAUUCUCUUCAGCAUCGUCAGCUGGCUUCAUACCACUGAAAUCAAGCAAAUUUCGUGCGAUAUCCUUUGCUUCGUGUCUCAACACUUUGAGGGUAUGUAGUAUGGAACUCCGGGAUCGAUCGGAAUCGAUAAACUGCUGUUAACCCUCUCCCGUCGGAAUCAUUUUACACGACGCCCUCCAUCUACGAAGUCUGCUUUACGUAGUGAAAAGAGCCGAAUGACCUUUUGCAAUAUUCGGUUGACUUCCCGCAUUGUUUAGAAAAAUCGUUCAAACACGCAACCGAGUUUUUCUUCUAGGUAUCUUCCAUCAACAACAUACCCUCUCCUCACAAAAAAUUUGACGUCUUGGCGGAGCCACAUUGGAGCUCGCACUAGACAUUCGUCAUGGUGAUUUCCAGAUGGUGGACACUAUCCAGCAAUUCGAAUUUCGUUUCUUUGGUGCAAGGAAUGGCUGUGAAACACGUAUACAUCACUACCGUGAUGUGUGAUUCAAUUCACCUACAACGAUUCAAUUAAACCCAGGAGGCUCAAUUCCUUCAACCACGGCGGCGGGGUCAAUCAAUUGAUUUCAACAGCUGGGAAUUCCAGCACAUCCUCGGGCUGUAUAAAGCCAGGCAGUUUGAGACUUAGAACCUCCCCCCCCUACGCCAUGUUGAGAUAUGUUGGUUAUUCCCGAGCGAUCGACGCUCCCGAGAUUUCGGGACAAGAAUUUGUAAAGUCCGUGCGGCUUCCACAAGAGAUUAUUGACAUGAUCGCAAACGAAGUCGACCUUCCUUCCGCCUACCAGUGUGCACUGGUCGCUAGCUGCUUCGUUCACCCAGUUCGUCGUCGUAUAUUCCAUUCCAUAAGGCUCAGCGAGUCAGAGUGUCACCAUGUCGUCUCAGGUGGCAUUAGCGGUUGUCUAGCCGAUUUCUUAGGACUUCCAAGGAAGGCUGACAUACGUCCAGCCCCGAGUAGAUCUUUACGGCUGGUCGAGAUAUUGGAUUCUGCACCGGAGUUAGGAGCGCUUGUGAAGGAGCUCACUAUCGAGGGAAACUCUUCCAAGGACGCCCUAUGUCCAAUUUCAUCCUGGUACUGCCACCGUCAAGCCCCCCUUCCAACCAUCCUUUCCCGCCUUCCCAACCUGGAGCAACUUUCCCUCCUGUUUCCAUCCACCCGCCCUCUGUUCUUCCGCUGUUUACCUAUCGACUCGGCGGUAGCAAUUGUCCAAGCCGCUCAAUCGCCUAAUCUACGGAGGAUUGUGCUAGAGAAUGUUCUUUUCGAUAACAAGACAGUCCAGCUGGGCGAUCUUUUCGAGUUCAUAUCUGUUUGCGCCAGUGGUGGAUGCCUAUCAGAAAUAUCCAUAUCUGACCACUUCACCAGUGGUACAACUCGCCAUCUGCUGGGGCCCAGUCUUGGGGCUCCUUUUCCUUUCACCGACGUCGAUGCGGGAGGGUUUGAUUGGUGUCUAAAAGAUCUAAUCAAUGCCACUGAUAUCAAGCCCGCCCAUAAUACUACAAUAUCGUUGUCUUCGCUUUCAAUCUACGGAACAGACUAUCUUACGAGAACAGUUCUUGAUUGGGCGGUCGGGGUAGACUCGCCCGUUUCACUCGAUUCACUUCAAUCCCUAGCUCUGGGUGGGGUCAGCCGCAGUUCCGUUCUAUAUGCCUCACAAGUGAUUCAAAGUUGCAGUAAGACACUUGAACGCCUUGCUUUUUCCCAGGAAGCCAGCUACUUCUCGCCAUGCCCCUCCAUGUCCCCUCCCUUGACUUCGGAAUUACUCCAUGUCAAAGACCUUCGUUUCGUUGACAACUGCUGGGACGAACGUCUGUCGUCGCCGACUUUGUAUCAGUGGUGCGCGAUCCUCGAAAGUUCAGCUCCCCAACAUCUGACGACAUUCACGGCCGAUAUUCACUGGCACCUCGACUCUAUCGAACGUGGAGAUAGAUUUCGGUCUGUCUCAUGGCACAGGCUGGAGUCAGCACUCUCUAGAGUUUCACCUCGGGCCAAACUGUGUGUCAAUGUUGCUAUAACUGUAUCUGAUUCCGAUGCACAGUCGAUAACACGGUGGAAGAAAGUGUUGGGACCUGAUUCUGGCACGCUCCUUGCCGAAUGUUUUCCGAAAUCACAUCGAAAAGGUGAUGGGUUCGCGUUCGCCGUGACCGUCAGUGUUGCUAGUACACCUUCCAGGUUACGACGACCUGCCUUCGGCUACGAAUAUACCCCGGCUCAAGGAUGGGCUCAACUACAAUGAUAACCACAACCCGUUCUCUUAUUUGAUUUUCUUAAACAAUGCAGUCACAACCGCACGGAGAUUCGGAGGUGUAUUUUGGACAAAAUAAUGUCAUGCGUGUUCGGUUAUACGGAGACCUUAUCGAAGCCUUGGCAUCUAGUCGUAUGACCUCAUCAAGUGAGUUUGAAGAAUAGAUGGUGUCUCUUUCUCAUCUUCAUUCCACAUGUAAGUAGUAAUAGAAGGUUUUGCUUAGAAUUGAACUUGAUCCAUUCUUAGCAACAUACAUCAUGAUCCCGCAAGCGCCUUACAUUGUGAACAUGCUAAAAUAUCUACAGCUCAUGGCAACCCG